AUCCCACUCGCCAUACAAUAGACAUGGCAACUACUGCAUCCGAGGCAGAGAUCCAGGUCCUGGAGGCCGAGGUCCAGGCGCAGGGCACCAUUGUCCGCGAGCUCAAGGCCGCCGGCGAGGACGCGACCGAGGCCAUCGCCACGCUGCUGGAGAAGAAGAAGGCGCUUGCGCUGGCCAAGGGCGAGGAAUGGCCGCCGCCCAAGGGCAAGGGCAAGGGCAAGGGCAAGGGCAAGGGCAAGGGCGAUGCCCGCGCCGCCGCCAAGGAGGAGCGCCGCAAGGCGCGCGAGGCCAAGUCGCGCGCUGCCGAGGGCCCGACAGGGCUCAUGGCCGAGCUCGUGGCGUCGUCCGACUUUGGGCGGUACCAGAUGAUCCUCUCCGAGCCCGAGUCGCUCACCGGGCGGGUCUUCACCGACAUUGCCGACAUCGACGCGGCGAUGGACGGGCAGGAGGUGACAGUCCGCGGGUACGCGCAGACUGUGCGUGGGCAGGGCAAGCGGGCGUUUAUCGUCCUGCGGAGCACCAUCCACACCAUCCAGUGCCACUACUCGGGGAACAAGGCCAUGUCCAAGUUCCUGGCCUCCAUUUCGAACGAGUCUCUGGUCGACGUCACGGCCACGGUCUCGAUCCCGCCCGAGGAGAUCAAGGACACGACCAAGUCAGGCGUCGAGCUCCAGGUCCUCAAGUGCUACGUGGUUAACGCCGCUGCCGAGCUCCCGUUCCAGAUUCGCGACGCGUCUGCGCCGUCGUCGUCGGCCGAGGUCGCCGCCACCGCCGGUGACGGCGACGGCACCGAGACCGGCGUGGCCGACGGCACUGUCGACGAGCGCGGCUUUGCGCACGUCGGGCAGGACACCCGGCUCGACUUCCGGUGGAUCGACCUGCGGACGAGGGCCAACCAGGGCAUCUUCCGCAUGCGCUCGGUCGCCGUCAACGCCUUCCAGAACUUCCUUGUCUCGCAGGGCUUCACCGGCAUCAACUCGCCCAAGCUCAUCCAGACCGCGUCCGAGGGCGGCGCUGACGUCUUUACCGUCGACUUUUUCGGCGACAAGGCGUACCUUGCCCAGUCACCGCAGCUGUACAAGCAGAUGGCCAUUUGCGCCGGCCUCGAGAAGGUCUUUGAGAUCGGCCCGGUUUUCCGCGCCGAAAACUCGAACACCAACCGCCACCUUGUCGAGUUUGUGGGCGCUGACAUCGAGGCCACCUUCAAGGAGCACUACCAUGAGGUCCUCGUCACCAUCACCAAUGCCCUUGUCGCUGUCUUUGACGAGCUCUCCUCCGACAAGUACGCCGACCUCCGCGCCGCUGUCAACGAGCAGUACCCCUUCGAGCCGCUCGUCUACCGCUACGAGCAGGAGACCGACUCGCCGUACAAGUUCCCCAUCCUCGUCAUGGACUACCCCGAGGCCAUCGCCAUGCUCACCGAGGCUGGCGUCGAGCUCGGUGACGGCUCCCACGGCGACCUCGACACCGCCGCCGAGCGCGAGCUCGGUCGCCUGGUCCGCGAGAAGUACGGCACCGACGUCUUUUGCGUCGACGCCUACCCGUCGUCCGUCCGCCCCUUCUAUACCGCGUGCCGGCCCGACAACCCCGCCGUCUCCAACUCGUACGACAUCUUUGUCCGCGGCCGCGAGAUCCUCUCGGGUGCCCAGCGUAUCCACGACCCGGCCAUGCUUGUCGAGCGUGCUAACUCGCUCGGCGUCGACCUCACCCCCAUCCAGAGCUACGUCGAUGCCUUCAAGCACGGCGCCCCGCCCCAUGCCGGCGGUGGCUUUGGUGUCGAGCGCAUCGUUCUCCAGUUCUUUGCCCUUGACAACGUCCGCAAGGUCUCCAUGUUCCCGCGCGACCCGAAGCGUUGCCAUCCCUAAGGUACCGGUGCUCCCCUUCACCUUUCCAAUUCCCCUCUAUCUACACCGUAUGCCCAACGACAUGCCACCCUGCCCAACACGUACUUUGGAUCGGAGAGGACUUGAUCCGGCGCUGUGUUGUUCACUUUGAGACGCGCAACAACGCGUCCGAGCAACCAGACCCCAUAAACGCAUUUUCAAGUUGGA